UACAAUAUGGCUGCGUCCAGGAAGGUGGAUGGUACCAUGUUUGCAAUAGUGAUUUUGCUGGCUACACUGACACCUGUCAGUGCCAAGUCCAAGUACAUCAGUAUCUCUCUGGAGAGUAAAUGGAAACACACACCCAUUCUUCUUGAAGCAAGUGAAGGCAUUGCAAAAGAGUCAAGUGACUACUUUUGGACUUUUAUCAAUGAUUUGUCCAAUCUUGGUACAAAAAAUGUCAAGGGAGAAACGGAUGAGUCCCAGUACCACCUGAUACAGAAGUUGGCCAGCAAAGUGUUGUCUCCCUUGCAGCUCAAUCUGCUGAGAUUUACUCUUGCAUUGCGAGCUCACUCACCAACCGUACAGAUGUAUCAGCAGAUUGCUGCAGAAGCUGGUAUGGUGGAGAAUUGUGAGGGCUUUGUUGACAUCCAUGGAAGUAUAUCAUGUGACCCAUCUAAACUUGAUCAACUGAUUAAAUCAGCAAAAGAAAGACCUGUGCCUGCAGUGUACUCCUUCGACCACAUAUAUCCAGGCACCGAGUUGGAGGACAUCAUGGUCAUACUGUAUGCUGAGGUCGGCACCCAGACUUUCAUCAACUUCCACACAGCAUUAUCGCAGAAAGCUUCUGAGAGGAAGAUCCGUUACGUGUUCAGGCACUUCAUGCAGAAUCCCUCCGAGUCCCAGGUCCGUCUGUCUGGGUAUGGCGUGGAGCUGGCCAUCAAGAGCACAGAGUACAAGGCCAAGGACGACACCAAAGUUGAAGGCCAUGCGGGGAGUGACAGCAGCCAUGCAGAGGAUGAGGAGGAGGAUGUGCAGGGUUUCCUCUUCAACAAACUCAAAAAAUUGCACCCAGAAGUGACAGACAAUCUGAAGGAGUUUCGGGAUCACCUGAUUGACUCCAAUGUAGAGUUAGCUCCCCUUGAUGUGUGGCAGUUGCAGGACCUGAGUCUACAGGCAGCACAGCGAGUGUUGUCAGCUCCUACUGAGGAUGCCCUUCGUAAGCUCAUGGACAUCAGUCAAAACUUCCCCUCACAGACACGAUCCCUCGUGAAGACCAACGUUGACAUUAACAUGAAGAAGGAAAUUCAGAAGAAUCAGCAGAACUUCGAGGCUGACCACUCCCUGCUGCCUGGUGACUCUGCUCUGUACCUAAAUGGGCUGCCAGUGGACCUGGAAAUCUAUGACAUCUUCUCCCUUCUAGAGGUCAUGAGGUCAGAGGCCAAAGUCCUGGAGGGCCUCCAUUCGCUUGGGUUCAAGGGGGAGAACCUGCAUCGCCUCCUCAACACUGACCUGAAAGGUGGAGAUGAUAAAAGUUACGCCCUGGACAUCCGACAUGGUGCAAUACAGUACCUGAACGACCUAGAGAAGGACAAGGAAUACAAAGGCUGGCCAGGCAGCAUCCAGGACAUUCUGCGGCCGACCUUCCCGGGCAUGCUCAGGCAUCUGCGCAAAAACAUCUUCCAUCUUGUGUUCAUUGUUGAUCCAGCCGAUCCCACCAGUAAGGAACUCAUCAAAAUGGCCGAGGCUUUCUAUGUACACAAGGCCCCUAUAAGGCUGGGGAUUGUCCUGGUCAGCAACAGUGAUGAAAGUGUCAAUGGAAAGACAGAUGCCAGCGUGGCGUUUGCACGUGCCUUCAACUUCAUCCAGAUCGAUACUGGUGUGCCCCGAGCUGUGUCAUUCAUUACUGACGUGUAUGAGAAGAUCGGCACAGGUGAGGUGACUGCCGAGGCAGUGAUGGAUGAGUUCUCCAUCCAGUUUCCCGGGGAAGACAAGGAACUGGUGUUCGGGGACGACACCGACUAUAACGACGUCAGGAAGAGUGGGAAUGAGUUUGUGGCUCAGUCAGGGCUGAGUGGCUUCCCCCAAGUCCUGAUGAACGGCAGCCCCUUGAAGAAGCAGUACUUGGCCCAGGACUCCUUCGAGGAAGGGGUAGUCAACGAGAUUCUGAAGGCCACGCCCUCUGUGCAAAAGGCAGUGUAUCAUGGCGAGUUGUACGACAGCAUUAAUGUCCUGGACUGGUUAAUGGAGAAAGACAACGUCCUACCUCGCCUCAACUCCAGGAUUCUCUCCACUGCUGCCAAAUCUCUGGAUCUCUCUGAGAAUAUCGACAGUGAAAUCUUCCAUGACACAGCUACGUUCAGCACGAUGAAUGUGAGAGAUAUGGCUUCCAUUAUGGCUGACAAUCUGAAGUACCUGACCCGGCGAGAGGAGGAUGCACUGAGAUCUGUCAGCAUGUGGGUUGUAGCUGACCUCGAAACCCCCCAAGGGAGACAACUCAUGUACAAUGCAAUCAAGCAUCUGAAAUCUUCUGCUGACAUGCGUUUGAGCAUGAUCUUCAAUCCAUCGUCGGCCAACCAGGACAACAGCUUGAACAAGGCUGUGUAUACCGCCCUGACCACACUGUCCGGGAACAUUGCCAAGAACUUCAUCACCAAACUCGUGAAGGAGGACAAUGUUAUGGAGAUCAAGGCCGGUACCAAGAAGUUGGAUGAUCUCGAAGUUCAUGGCAUGGACAUGAAGAAAUACCUGGCUGCUCUCAACAAGCAGGGUGACUCGUUCCUCAAGUCUCAUCGAGCAUUUGCCCAAAAGGUUCUGCAGUUUGUGGAAGCAGCACGUGGUGUCGUCACCAAUGGCAAGGUGAUUGGCCCCCUGGAUGACGGGGAAGACUUCCUGCCAGAUGAUGUUGGUCUCUUGGAGAAAUACACAUUGCAGCAGUCUGCUCGUAAAAUCCGUGAGCAGAUCCGUGGCCUGGGAUAUGACAAUGACAAGGGAAGUAACUUGCUCCUGAAGGUGGCAGCACUGUUGACUGCCAAGAGUCAGACUGAGGGCAGGAAGAAAGUCAGCUUCAAGUCUGAUGAACACAGUGUGUUGAAGAUCCCGGCCGAUGACUCCAUGCCUGCCUUUGUUGUGGAGGUGAUUUUAGACCCUGUGUCCAGGGAAGCCCAGAAGCUCUCUGCUGUACUCCACAUCCUCAAACAGAGCACCAACAUGGAGGUCCGCAUCUACAUGAACUGUAAGGACAAGCUGUCCGAGAUGCCUCUCAAAAACUACUAUCGAUAUGUCCUUGACCCUGAGCUGACCUUCAAGGUUGAUGGCUCGUACACACGUGGUCCCGUGGGUCGGUUCACUGACAUGCCAGAGAAGUCUCUGCUGACUCUCAACAUGGAUCCCCCCGAGAGUUGGCUGGUGGAGGCUGUCCGCUCUCCGUAUGACCUUGACAAUAUCCUACUGGAGGAGGUCCAGGAUGGGGUGAAGGCUGAUUUUGAACUGGAGUACAUUCUACUUGAAGGUCACUGCCAUGACUCCUCCACCAUGCAGCCACCAAGAGGCCUUCAGUUCGUACUCGGCACCAACAGCACCCCCGCUGUCAAGGACACCAUCGUCAUGGCAAACCUGGGUUACUUCCAACUCAAGGCCAACCCAGGAGUGUGGCAACUGCAGCUCAGAGAAGGGCGCUCCAGGGAGAUCUAUGACAUCAACAGUCAUGACUUCACAGACACUCCCAAGGGUUCCUCUGAUGUUGUGGUUGCCAUUAGCAGCUUCAAGAGCAAGAUCAUCAGGGUCAAGGUUUCCAAGAAGGCUGACAAGCAGAAGGAGCAGCUGCUGCAGGACUCGGAUGAGGGCCAGGGAUUGUGGGAUUCCAUUUCCAGCUCAUUCACUGGACAAAAAUCUGAUGAAGGUGAAGAUGAAACCCUCAACAUCUUUUCCCUGGCUUCAGGACAUCUGUAUGAGAGAUUUUUGAGAAUAAUGAUGCUGGGUGUGUUGAAAAAUACAAAAUCAAAAGUGAAAUUCUGGUUUCUGAAAAAUUAUCUGUCGCCAACAGUAACGGACUUCAUACCACAUAUGGCCAAGGAGUAUGGGUUCGAAUAUGAGCUGGUGCAGUACAAGUGGCCACGUUGGCUUAUACAGCAGAAGGAGAAACAGAGAGUUAUCUGGGGAUAUAAAAUUCUCUUUUUGGAUGUGCUGUUUCCACUACAUGUUAAGAAAAUAAUAUUUGUAGAUGCUGACCAGAUUGUGAGGGCAGAUUUAAAAGAACUGUAUAACUUGGACUUGGGAGGGGCCCCGUAUGGUUACACACCAUUCUGUAGUGACAGGAAGGAGAUGGAUGGCUUUAGGUUUUGGAAGUGCUACUGGGCCAGUCAUCUAGCUGGCAGGCCAUACCAUAUUAGUGCCUUGUACGUGGUGGAUCUGAAGCGGUUCCGGCAUAUCGCGGCAGGGGACCGGCUACGAGGACAGUACCAGGGUCUGAGCCAGGACCCCAACAGUCUUGCCAACCUGGACCAGGAUCUGCCCAACAACAUGAUCCAUCAGGUGGCCAUCAAGUCCCUGCCCCAGGAGUGGCUGUGGUGCGAGACCUGGUGUUCCACAGAGUCCCUCCAGUAUGCCAAGACAAUAGAUCUGUGCAACAACCCACUCACGAAGGAGCCUAAGCUGAGUGCUGCCAUGAGGAUUGUACCAGAGUGGAAAGAAUAUGAUUAUGAAAUAAAAGUGUUGUGGGAUAAAGUGUAUGGAACCAACACUCGGCUACAGACAGAAUAUGAAGUAUCUGAUAAACAAAAAGAUUCAAUGAAAAAGGAUGAAUUAUAACACUGGCCAAAGGUUUAGAGUAUUUUAUGUACAUAUGUAAAGUUUGUUGUAAUAAGAUUUGUGGAAAAUUCUCAUCCUCCCUGGUGGAGAACAUCUUCAUGUUGUGAGAGGGGAAGUGACUGAAGGCUUGGUACCGACACUGUUGGGACAUAGAUAUAGGUUAAAGUUACUGUACAGUACACAAGCAGCUGCACAUACGUGGGGAUUCUCUGUACUACCUAUCCCAACAGCAUCUCAUCUACGUGUGUGUCCCAUCUACUGGCAGUACACCACAUCUCAACUGACUACACACAUCAAGAUGGACAUACACUGCCUGUUUCCGGGCUCAGGGAAUACAGCAACAGACCCUUAAAGUUUAGAUUGUUGACAUUCUCAUAUUGUUACUCAAUGAAAAUCAUGAAUAAAUUUAUCUUAUGUAUGAUUUAUCCAACAUCUCACAAUACUGUUGUUAGGACUAGAUCUCUGUACUGAUAAGUUGAACAUAGAACUUGUUUCCUGUUUGUGAAGAAAGGCGGUAGAAUUUGUUAGUACUUGGUUUGUUUAGGUUUCAGGUGAACAUCAUUUGUGAAAUAUCUUCUAAGUUCAUGGUAAUAAUUUUAAACACAUGAUAAGGUGUUAGAUUGAGUCACAGAGUGGUUAGUGUAUGUCAGUCAGUGUGUUGUUUAUCACUGGGGGUGGUCAGUAGGGAUUGCUAGAUGUAAACAUGGUCCAGCAGCAGGCGACAUGACGCCCACAGACUGCCAUCUUACAUCACAAGGUACCUGCAUCCCCUGUCAUGAACAGCGUUCCAUGGACCUCAAUAAUUAUAAGACAAAAUGUGGCAUCAAUAAGUAUCUUUUAUGUUGUUUGUCUGUCAGUGAUAAGAUUUGGAAUCUUUUCGUAAUCGGAUUGACCUAAUUGUCUGCCAUGGUAGUCAUCAUUUUGAAACCAUUCGAAAAAGAACAGCAAUUGUAUAUUCAUCACAAGCAUUACCACUUGUGUUUGAGACAGGGAGCCCAAAAAGGCUUCAAAUCGAUGAAAAAUAAAGUUUGAUAUCAGCCAAUGGCCUCUGUUGCCUUGGAAAGAUUAUAUAAAUUUCAGUGAAAGAGUCUAAGUGAACUUUGUAUGUAUGUGGUAGAUGCCUGUAUUUAUGAUGUGUUGGUGCAUGUGUGUAACCUGGGACACACUGUCUGGUGUAGGCCUGAAUGCAUGGAGCAUCACACCUCGCAUGACUGGUUCAAAUCUUGUAAAAAGUGAGAAUGAUACAUCUAUUUAUACUUUCAUGUUCGACCUCUUUAUUAUGUAAUAUUCUUACAUAUUUCAUCCAGUACAAGUCAAGGGUGUAUAUUUUAAUAGUGCAAAUCAAUUUGGACCUUUCAUAUUUCAUAAAGUUGUAAGUAAACAGAGUUGUAGCAUAUUUAAGAUAAAAUUAAAUUUGUCCGGCCAAAAUAAUUAAAUCCAGACAUGAUGUAGAAGUUGGCGACAUGGAAGCUGAUCCUGAGUACCUGCAAUUGACGUGAUCCAGCAUUACACCAAGACCUAAACCUACAGGAUGCCUUCUAGGACUGGGGUUGCUUGAUGAAUAUAACCAACACACUCACUCAUAGUUCAUUGCUGGCGUUAUUUCAUGUCUUCUUUAAUGUUAUCCUUUUCUUAAUAAAUUGAUUGAUUUAUGGUUCAAGGGACACCUCCUGUGUGCACUUUGUAACCCUCUAUUAUAUACUGUUACCUUGUGAGGACAAAACCAAUUAUACUUGAUAUGCAGGAACAAUCCUGCCUUGGAAGAAUUUUACUUCUGAUUCAUGAAACCGUUCGGGUGCACAACUUUUACUAAAACUACCUAGACCAAUCUUUUAGAAGUCAUUGUAUCAAAACCAGAUGUUCUUUGCUUUAGCUUGAUAAGGUAGAAUGCAAUUUGCCAUCCACUUUGCCAUUGUCUGCUCAUGUUGGCAAUAUGUCCUGGUUGCCCUAUGACAGAUAUAGCAGGGGUGUGCAGGGCAGCAGAGAAAACCUUGAAGGUCAUGGCUCAGUUCUACUUAAAAUAUUAUGGGCUUCCAUUAAAAUAUGAUACAGUAUAUGACCCUUUUGGUCAUUUCAUGUGGACAGUUGACAGUUGUAUGGUGGAUCUGACAAUGAGUGUACUGUGCAACCUGUUCUGCCGUCUGAAAGAUUGAUCCAUGUGUUUUCUGCAUCAAUGGCUUAAAGGAUGGGAGUGUAUUUAGAUGCUAUUUGUAGUAGUGCUGUCUUUGUUGUAGUUGUUGUAUCCAUUUAUGAAUCUUUGUUAUUCUUAUAGUACCCCUAAACUGUACAACAAAGUCGGGAAAGGAUGGUUUCAUAUCAGUUUCUUUCUUUGACAUUCACAGAUUCUUUGUUCCUACUUCAACAGCUAUAUCAUCAACAGCAUUUGGAAAUGAAAUCUGUGACUGUUUUCAGAAUACUUCUCUUUCCAUUAUGACACAACUGGUGUGUCCAUUAACUUCAGUGACAAAUGUUCAGAUGUGAACCGUCACAAGAAACAAAGAUCAGCAGCAGCAGUAUGGAAGCAAGUGUUUCUCCCAGGCAACCAUUGCGCUUUGAUUGCCUAUUUGUUUUAUCAUAAUAGCCAUUGUAUAACUUUCAAGGAAAUACAUUUUUUUCUGCCCAACAUCAAUCCAAAGUGUAAAUCAUGAGAAAAUAAACAUUCCAUAUAAGGAC